ACUAUUUUGUUUGCUAUAAAUGUUUGAAACAUAGGAUAGUUUGUCAUAACAAUACACAAUGAGUGAGAAAGAAAAAAAGAUAGAGAUGGAGGAGGAUGAGAGGGAGAUGAUUGCUCAUUGGAGCCACGAGCAUCCACUUACUCUCGUGGAUACUCGUGAUUUAGAAUACUGUUACGGUUGUGAUAUGCGGUUAGAUAGCGGAGAGCAAGCUUAUGGAUGCAGCAUGGAGGGAUGCGAGUAUGAAAAGCUGUUACACGAAGAAUGUGCAGCGAUGCCGAGAGAGAUACGGCAUCCAUUGCACCACCCUCAGCACGUACUCAUCCAAUGUGAACGUGAUUCAUGGUCGUGGUGUGAUAUCUGUGAAAGGGCUAUUUUGAGCAUUGGUUACAAAUGUACAAGCUCAAGAUGCUGGUUCCAUAUGCACCUGAGAUGCGCUCAUGACAGUGACCUGAUCGAUGCAUCAACCCCUAACGUUGAUGAGCAAAGGCGUGCCAUCAUACGCCAUCCAAGCCACCCCAACCAUGACUUGAAGUUGUUGAGGAGAAGGUGUCCCUUCAAGUGCGAUGCUUGUGGCGCCACACGCAAAGGGAGUUCCUACACAUGCACCAAUGAUGCCUGUCAAUAUUGGAUCCAUGAGAGAUGUGCUUCAUUGCCUCAGAAUUUGACAAGGGAAGACCAUCAUCACUCUCUUUCUCUCUCUUUUCAGGUCUCAAGAGAAUAUAUCAAAUUUGACUUCAAAUGUGAUGUAUGCAGCUUAUCUUUUCUACCCAACUAUUGGAUAUAUCAUUGUCAACUCUGCAGAUAUAUCGUCCAUGUCAAGUGCGCCUUUGACAAGCCGCCUCGCAUCACCGAAGACAUUGGGAAGGACAUGAUCCAUUUUCCAACAUAUGAGGUGGUUGAACAACUCAUUACACCUUUUGUGAUGAGAGAAAAUGGAGGAACAACAUUGAUACCACCCAUCAUCAUCCCUGCUACUGCUGUUGAUGAGUUGGUGAAUGUGAAAUAUAAGUUCCUUCAUCACCAACAUGAGCUCACUUUAGUCUCAUCCACAUCUCAACACCCUCAAAUCCUAGGAGAAGAAGAAGACGAGGAGAAUUAUGGAGUGAGAUGGGAAUUGAUAUGUGAUGGCUGCAUCACUCCUAUAUCUUCAUCAUCAUCAAACUACUACUAUAUGAGUUGCAGUGAAUGCAAAUACAAUCUUCAUUUGGCUUGCUUUCACUUGCCACCUCAACUCUCCUCACAUCCACUCCACCAACAUGAUGAUAACCAGCUUGUCCUCCAAUCUUGUGACAAACAUCAACUUUGGGAGAGUCAAUAUUGCAGUCUCUGUUUGUACGAAACUAAUCAGCUGUUUUACAGUUGUACAGAGUGCGACUUCGCAGUUGAUAUCAAGUGUGCUUGUAUGCCAGAUACCAUACACCACGCAGCUCACCCGCGACAUCUCCUCAAGCAUGUGACUCAGUUGGAUCUACAGAGAGAUAUCAACCGACGGCGCUUGUCGUGUGCUGCUGGUUGUGACUAUUUCAUAGACGAUUAUGAUUGUUACAGGUGUUGCAGCAGCAGCCCAUGUGAUUUCAUCGUGCACCUUAAAUGCGCUAUGCUGCCGGCAUCAGUCAGCAGCCGUAGAUGGGACGAGCACCACCCGCUGCUGCUGACGUACGACGCCACUCUCAACCGUCCUGGCGAUUUCUACUGCGAUCAAUGCGAGACACAGAUGAAUCCCAGGAGUUGGAUGUAUCACUGCCGCCCCUGCGAUAUAUCCUUCCAUCCAGGAUGCUUUGAAACUACAUCCGAAAGGUAUAGAAACAUGAAGUUGGGGCAGGAAUAUGAUGUGAAUGCAGAAACCCAUCCACACCCUCUCACCUUUCAACUUCUCACCACAAAACGCCGCUGUGACAUUUGUCGUAGGGAUAAAUAUGAAUGUGAAGGAUUCUACUGUGCAUUAUGCAACUUCUUCAUUUGUCUCUACCCCUGCGGUAAAGAAAUGAUCGAAAAUGGGGACAUGAAGGCCGUCGAAUGAAUGAGAGAAAUUAUAUGUUUCAGAUUAUUCGUUCAGUACUAUGUCUAGGACUAGAAUGAUAUGCAUAUCAGCAUAUGUCUGUGUUUUUAAGUUCAAUAUACUAUUUCAUUACCAAAUAGAAACGUGUUUUACA